AUGUCUGAUGGAUUGCUCGGACCGGCCCUGCAGGCAACCGCCGCGAUCAUCUUCGUUUAUCUGGUGUAUCGCUUCCUAACACGCUCGCGGCCACCACCUGCACUCCGCUCUGCAGCUUUGCUUGUUCUCGGAGAUGUUGGACGAAGCCCCCGAAUGAUGUACCAUGCCGAGAGCUUCGCUAAGUUAGGGUUUGAGACGUACAUUGUCGGAUACGAGGGCGCAACACCCACUGCAUCUCUACUUUCACUGCCUCGUGUACGGUUCCUCUAUUUGCCGCCGCCGCCUUUGGCCGUACGGGCACUGCCGUUUCUCUUGGGUGCGCCCUGGAAAGUAGCGCAUCAAUGCAUCUCUAUACUGCAAGCAUUGCUCGUCAGAGCGCCACACCCACCUGAAUAUCUACUCGUACAGAACCCUCCGAGUAUCCCUACACUCGCUCUCGUCUCGUUGAUAGCAGCUACAAGGGGCACGAAAGUCAUCAUCGACUGGCACAACCUAGGCUACAGUAUCUUGGCCCUUAAACUCGGGGAAAAGCAUCUCUUUGUGAAGCUUGCACGAUGGUUUGAGGCAACAUUUGGCCGUAGAGCUUAUGCGCAUCUCUUCGUGACUCAAGCUAUGUGUGAUUUCCUAUCACGUGAAUGGGGUCUUCAAGGCCGCAAGGUCGUACUUCAUGAUCGCCCUCCAGCGCACUUCCGCCAUGCAGCACCAUCAGACGUUCAUGAGCUGUUUCUACGUCUGGCGCCCAAUCUUCCGACCGACUUCUUACCUCGGUAUUCCACUCCAUAUUCAACACCUAUGACUGAGGUCAAAGCAUCGCGCACAAGCUCCGUCGAUUCAGCCAUCACUGAUCCCGCCAUGGCCACGAACCAGCUAGCCAUGCCUGUUCUGCGAAAGGAUCGUCCCGCCCUUGUCGUAAGCAGUACCAGUUGGACCCCCGAUGAAGACUUCUCCAUUUUGCUCGCCGCGUUGUCUGCAUACGAGCACGCGGCGCGCUCUCCUGAUUCGAAACUGCCCAAGCUCCUCUGUGUGGUAACCGGAAAGGGGCCGGAUCGCGACAAGUACAUGGCAGAAGUCGCAAACCUGCAACGCGGGACGGGCGAGGAGACGCCUUGGGUGCAUGUUCGCUGCAUCAGCUUGUGGCUAGAAGCGGAGGACUACCCAGUCCUUCUCGGUUCGGCGGAUGUUGGAGUCUCCCUCCAUGCCAGUUCGUCUGCUUUAGACCUACCGAUGAAGAUUGUCGACAUGUUCGGAUGCGAGCUACCUGUAUGCGCGUUGGACUUUGCCUGCUUGCCGGAGCUGGUGCGUCACGAAGAGAAUGGUCUCGUAUUCCGCACAGCCGAAGAGCUGGCGAUGCAUUUGCAGACACUGCUGAGAGGCUUCCCCAGCAUCUCGCCCGCACUGCGCUCGCUCCAGAGCAAUCUUCGAACAGGGUCACAUCCCACGGGUAACCCCUCUAUCGGGGAGGAAACAUCGUGGGGUUCGUGGGACGAAAAUUGGGACGCCGUCGUUCGUCCAUUGGUUGUACAUAGCAUAGAGAAUUGA